AUGAAAGAUGCCGAGAGGAUGUUAUCAUUUUUGGUUGCAAAGUUUCUAAGGGAACAUGGUUAUGAGAUGGAGGCCAGAUAUGUACAAAUUGUAGCUGACUGGCAUGAGGCCGCAGAUGGGCGUGGCAUCUCACAGCUUGAACGUUGCCAAAAAAAUUAUGCAAUGCUGAACUUGAUUUUAGAUGAGUGGAUGCCUUGGCAUAGGGAACUUUAUGACUUCAGAUCCAUUGACAUCAACAGGUAUUUUGAAAAAUGAGGUUUAUUUCCUUUGAUGACUUUGUGGGUUUUUUCAGUCUUCCCACUCUGGUUUUUACUACAUGUAUCUGUGUGGCAUUUGACAAUUACUGUCAUGUGCUAGGGUCAACAUAUGUCAUCUUUGAACUAAAUCUUAAGUGUACAUGUAUUUCUCCCCUGGAAUCCUUUACAUUUAAUCGUAUAAUUUGCUUGUUUGGUUUUUGUCUUUUUAGGCCUGUAAAGGAAAUAUGUGGCUUUUCAUGUGAAACGGUAGUGGCUGUGGCAAACAAUAUAGAAAGCAUGGAAUUUCAAAGAUGUCAGAACAAUGAGAUUGGCUAUGAGGAACAUCCAAGGGCAGGCUCAACGGAUGACGUAGAGGCCAUCAUUGCCUUUUUACACAGGAUUCUUGGUGUUGUCUUCACUCUGAAGCAGUUUAAAUCAGGAUGGAGAAAUAUUGUAAGGUGUGUGCAGUGGUGUCAGUAUUUUUUUCAGUAAGUUUGUCCCAUUAGAAAUUUUCAAAAACAUUGGAAGAUUCACGUAACAUUGAAGGCCUUUUUUGACUCACUCGUUCAACUGUUGUAUUUUUGGUUACAGUAGUUUGGUUAUAGUAAUGUUGAACAUGCAGAAUGCGAACAAGCAACAUCAACACAUUUCAUCUGAAAUGCUUUUGUACAGAAAAAAACGUUCACUACAUGGCCAACAUUAUGUAAAGAAUGAACGUGGACUGAACAAUAAUGAUUACUUAUUUUGGCAACUUUUAGGAAGUUUACAAAGAGAAUGUCGCCAGACCUUCCAUUCUAUUAUUGGACCUUGAAUGAAAGGUUCAGAGAUGAGGAUCAGAUGACAUCCUUUGACCAGCUUCCUUAUUGGGUUGAAGACAACCAAGACCCGACUUGUCAUCCACUGCGAUUACAUCACCUGCCCAUGAAUCGUAUAGAGGAUGCAUCCAUCAUUUUUGCAGGUCAUUCCUUUCUACCUGCACGAAAUCAGACAAGUAUCCGGCAACAAAUACACCGGCCACUGGCCCCAACUUCCCGAUCCUAG